AUGGGAUGUGGUGGCAAGCCGAUUUCGUAUUUUGUUAGCGCAAUCUCACGUUAUUGGCACACAGUUUUGUACAAGCGAAAACAUCUGCUGACAUUCAAAGCACAUUUCAAAUUAAUUGGUGUUGGAUGGCUAACUAUGACAAUCGUGGCUGUUUUGCCCAUCUCCAGCGAUGGUCUCCAGUUCGAGAUCGAAUCAAAAUUCUGUUUUAUCACUACAAAAACGUUUCUAACAUCAUUCUACACAAUUGUCAUUGUAUUUUUUGUUCCUCUAAUCGGUAUUAUAAUCCUAUAUACACGAGUCGUCCACUAUGCUCGACAAGCAUCAGCUCGCACAAAAGUUCAACCAGAAAUAAAAACAUCCGAUGGUUUAAUAACGAAACGCAUCAAUCGGGAUGCUAAAGUAUUUCACAAUAUUCUUGUCUUAGUAGGAAUUUUAAUCAUUGGCGGAUCUCCGUACGCCAUAGCUGUACUUUGGAAUAAAAUCGGCGCGAUUCCUUGUGGCGACAUAAAAAAAAGAGCAAGUGAUAUUAAACGGUCCACCGACAAAACGGGUGGUGGUCCUGCGGAUAUUGGACUUGAUUCGAUCGAAACCAUGGUUAUAGGUAUAAUGGGCAACGUAUCAGUAGACGGAAUUCCUGGCGGAAUAGAUACGGACAAAAACAGUGGCACACAGCAAUCUUCCCGAUCACCAUCACGGGCUGAUGAUGAACUUAUGUUAUCGACAUCCUCACCUUCGUCUGAUCAUAAUGACUCGCAGUCGCCAACAACGGCUGCUGCUGGUCGUCGAUUAUUGUCCAAUAUAACACAUCGUACAACCACCUUCGACACUCCUAUUCGUCGUAUUAUUUCUCAUGACCAUUCUUACGAGGAUUCAAAAACAACGUCGUCUAAACAUCGAAAAAGAUUUAAAAAAACUGACGAUGAAAUCAAUUCAAUUAUUGAAGUGGAAAAGAAGAAAUUACAUAUUCAAGAAUUGUCAUUGGUAGCAGAACAUAAUCGUACAGCAUCACUACACAGUAUUGCAUGCAGUUUACAACAAUUGGUAUCAUUAAUCAAAUUAAGUACACAAUUACAAGGUGAUGCAUUGAAAUUACCACGUUCAACGACAGGUUUACCAAGUGUCAGUGAUAUAUCAGCACUAUUAAAUCAAGAUUUAUUUGCAUCGGAUUCAUCUAUAGAUAAACCUCAUUAUCAUCAAUUAGAUUAA